CCAGAACACACACCUUUAUAGAGAGCAACAAAGCCUACUCUCUCUUUGCAGCCUCCAAUCUAGGCUGCGCUGCGAGAACUGUGCAACUUCUGGAAAGUUUGGGAACUACACCAAAGAGGCCACGCUCCCAAAGUUUUGCGGCCCCGCGAGGUUUCCUAGAGCUUUUCAAGAGGGGAAGAGAAACGCGACAAAAUGAAAAUGCAGCGUGUGGGGGAGCUCACCGGAAUCCCACUACGCUGUCGCGCCCAGGGGUACACAGCUUCUUCUAGCAUGACUGUGAUUUGAUGAGCAGCCACAAGAAUUGGCUCCUGUGUCUGGCACUGUAAUUCUGGGGUCUGAUCACUGCUCACAACUAUACGGCUGUCAUGGCUACUGCGUCUACUGCGACCCCUGUCAUUUCACAGCCCCAGUUCACAGCCAUGAAUGAACCACAAUGCUUCUACAAUGAGUCUAUUGCCUUCUUUUAUAACCGGAGUGGAAAGUAUCUUGCCACAGAAUGGAACACAGUCAGCAAGCUGGUGAUGGGACUUGGAAUCACUGUCUGUAUCUUCAUCAUGUUGGCCAACCUUUUGGUCAUGGUGGCUAUCUACGUCAACCGUCGCUUCCAUUUUCCUAUUUAUUACUUAAUGGCUAACCUGGCUGCUGCAGACUUUUUUGCUGGGUUGGCUUACUUCUAUCUAAUGUUCAACACAGGACCCAAUACCCGGAGACUGACUGUUAGCACAUGGCUCCUUCGGCAGGGCCUCAUUGACACCAGCCUGACAGCUUCUGUGGCCAACUUACUGGCUAUUGCAAUUGAGAGGCAUAUUACGGUUUUCCGCAUGCAGCUACACACGCGGAUGAGCAACCGGCGGGUGGUGGUGGUCAUUGUGGUCAUCUGGACGAUGGCCAUUGUCAUGGGUGCUAUACCCAGUGUGGGCUGGAACUGUAUCUGCGAUAUUGAGAAUUGUUCCAACAUGGCGCCCCUCUACAGUGACUCUUACUUAGUCUUCUGGGCCAUUUUCAACUUGGUGACCUUUGUGGUAAUGGUGGUUCUUUAUGCUCACAUCUUUGGGUAUGUUCGCCAGAGGACUAUGAGAAUGUCUCGGCACAGUUCUGGACCCCGGCGGAAUCGGGAUACCAUGAUGAGUCUUCUGAAGACUGUGGUCAUUGUACUUGGUGCCUUUAUCAUCUGCUGGACUCCAGGACUGGUGCUGUUGCUGCUGGACGUGUGUUGCCCACAGUGCGAUGUUCUGGCCUAUGAGAAAUUUUUCCUCCUCCUUGCUGAGUUCAACUCUGCCAUGAACCCCAUCAUCUACUCCUACCGAGACAAAGAGAUGAGCGCCACCUUCAGACAGAUCCUCUGCUGCCAGCGCAGCGAGAACACCAACGGCCCCACGGAAGGCUCUGACCGCUCGGCUUCCUCCCUCAACCACACCAUCUUGGCUGGGGUUCACAGCAAUGACCACUCUGUGGUUUAGAAAGGAAAUUAAGAUGAGAAGCCAACUGUCUUCUACAGGGGGAUGAACAGGCUCUCCCCACCCAGUUUCUAGGGCAAGGUGGGGAGCAAGAGAGGAGAGAGAGACGCUUGUGUAUUAAACACUAACCAAUGGCAGUAUUUGUUCCCAGACCCCAUGAGACUUUAUAUGUAUGGAAAAUUAGCUUAUGUGACAACCCUCAUCCCGAUCCCCAUUCCUUUUGAAAAUAGAAAGUGGAGUUCUUGUGAUGGAAUUCAGGAGUAGACUCCGGAGUGUCUAUUUAAACUACACUAAUUAGACUUUAAAAGACUUUGUGUGGUUUGGUGCAAGUCAGAAUAAAUUCUGACUAAUUGAGUCCACAACUUCACUGACAUACAGGCUUCCCUUUUUUAUUUUUUAAGGAUACAUUUCAUUUAAUAAACAUAUUUAUGCCUACCAGUAUGUUUGUGAUGGAUAAGGCUAUAGACUUAAACUACCACAAUUUCAAUUUGUUCCUUAUGUAGGAAAAUUGUAAAUUAGAAUUAUUUUUUUAGAAAGCAUGCAUGUAAUAUAUGUAUGUGGUAUGCUUUACUUACGAAGGUAAAAAAAUACUAAUUUUAAAUCUUCUAGAAAAUAGAAGAACCUAGUUUUCAAAAGCAGUAUCUGUUCAAGCUCUGAAAGAAACAAGGCUGUAGUCACAAUAUUACAUUUUUAUUAAAGUGUUGUAACAAGUAGAAAGCAAAAAGUGUUUGCUACCAAAAGAAUACAUACCUUAAAGAGGUUACAGAAAAUGAAGCACAGUAAUAGUUUUCCUGCAAUUUAAAAUACAUUAUUUAAAGUACAUUAUUAUUUGUCAGUACAUCAGAGGAAGUUUUUAAUAGCCUGUGUUUUUCCAAGUUAUAAAAUAAUACAUACUUACUGUAGAAAACUUGAAAAUUACAGAAAUGUGUUAACAAGAAAAAAUGAUUGCCAAUAAUAUCACAACCUAGGUGUAACCAUCUUUAACAGCUCCCCCAUGUAUAACUAUGUAUAUUAUAUACUUUUUUACAUAAUUGGGAUUAAACUGUAAACAGUUUUAGCUAGUUUUUUUUUUUCAUUUCAUAAUUGCCAGAUUUUCCUAUGGCAUUAAAUUUUUCACAAAAUGAUAAUUUUAGUGGCUAUAUAAUAUUCCAUUUAAUGGAUGCAACUCAGUUCAUUUAACCAGUCCCAUAUCAUUGAAUAGGUUAUUUCUAAUUUUCACUAUUAUUAAGUUUCCAAAAUUUUGUGUACAUAAAUCUUCAUCCAUAUAAUUGAUUAUUUACUUAGGAACCUAUUCCCAUGAAGGAGUUUUGCUUUUAAAAAAUGUGAAAUGUCUUCUUCGCUUUUUACCUUUUAUAAAAAGGGAUUUCCUGCUAUUGCACUGUAUAGGUGGCAGUUGUAAGGAAAGCCAGUAAAAUUACCUUUGUACAAAAGAAAUUCAGUGGUUACUUUAGCUGAGAGUGAACUUUUAAUAUAAUAAAAUGAAUUAGAAACAGUCAAUUGUUGGAAUAACUAAAACACUCUAACGUACCUAGCAAUUCCAUUUUUUUUCCUUAGGUUAUCCUGCUGUUAGCAGGCAUGGCUAUAAUGUAAAAGAAAUUUUUGAAGGAAAUGCAGAGAAAUCAAACAUGCCAAGUGAAUAAAGGAUCAACGUAUUACAUGGCUUGGGGUCCUUCUGUAGCAAAGGGAUUGAGUUGGUCAGUAUGUGACUGGCUAACAUAUAUUCUUUAGGAAUUACCCCUCAUGAAUUGCUGCCAUAUGAGGUGACACAUGGUCAAUACAUUGUCCAGGGAAAUAGUGAUUAAAUCAACGUCUUUCACCGUGCAGCGAGGAAGUAACAGAGUCUUGAAGCAGGUUUGGGCAGGUCAGCAGAAUGUUUAAGAGAAAGAAAUUUUGAAGAAGGGUGACCGUCGAGGGAGGAGAGAGUCAGUAUGUGGUUAAGCUUUGCACAGAGGGUAGACUUAUAAGAGGCUCAUGAUGCAAAGAAUGUACAGGAACCAGUCAGUAGAAAGCUGUUUGCACACUCUUUAUACAAAACACAGAACAUUUUGUACUGGACGCUAAAGAAAAGCUGGUGGACUUUUAUUGAUGUGCCUAUCUUUAUGGAGGAGAUAUGGACAAUUGAAAAUUCAAAGCUUACUAAUUGGACCUUAAUAAACCAUUCUCAAUCAGUGUUGGUAA